AUCAACAACUGUCGACCAAUCAGAGUCUUUUUCUUCUGACGCGCCUUUUGGAAACAAACACCUAUUUUGUCAUUUGAUAUAAGGGCCAAUGAGAGCCCCAUAUCACAUGACUUGUUUACCACGACUCUCCGUCCAAUCAGAGGCCUCCAUACCGGCCACGCCUCCAUUUUCACGUGCUUGACGUACGAUAUUUACGUCACAUGACCGUGUGGUAUAGCAAAACAACACCGUACGUGUUUUCCCUGUCCCACAUUUAGGCGUGUUGACCUACCAAAAGACGACGCUAAUUCCCAGCCAUCCGGAAACAAAGCCCGCUCAACUGCAUUUUUCGUUCUUGACGUGACAUCAUGGAGGACUGCAACGGAAAUGAUGUGUACCCUGGAUAUGUUCAGAACGGGUUCGGCCCAGGCCAUGAGUCGGAGGGUGUGAAGGUGUUUCGCGGCACACUGGUGCACUCCACCAAGGAUAAACCCAUGCAGAUCCUCAAGAACGGGGUCAUUGGGGUCGACCCAUCCGGAAAGAUUCUGUUUGUUAAGGACGAUGAUUCCCUUGAGGACCUUGCAGCCGAGAUUGGCUUCAACCCGUCUGUGCACAACCUGACCGACAGCCAGUUUAUCAUCCCCGGGUUCAUCGACACGCACAUCCACGCUCCCCAGUACCCCAACACGGGCACCAAGGUGGACCUGCCGCUGCUGGAGUGGCUCCACGCCUACACCUUCCCGCUGGAGACCAAGUACAGCGAUCUGGACUUCGCACGGGACGUCUACAAGAAAGUCGUGCACAAGACGCUGUCGUGUGGCACCACGACCGCCAGUUACUUCGCCACCAUCCACAAGAAGGCAUCCAUGGCUCUGUGUGACGCUGCAGAGUAUUUCGGCCAGAGGGCUUACGUGGGGAAGUGUAACAGUGACCAGAACGUGCCUGACCACUAUUGUGAGGGAACAGACGCGUCACUGAAGAAUACAGAGGAAUUCAUCAAAGAGGUUCUGGGAAGAAAGAACCCCCUCAUCACUCCGGUGAUCACACCCCGGUACGCCGUCGCCUGUACCACUGAGCUGAUGUCUGGGCUCGGGAAACUGGCCCAGAAGUACGACCUGCCCAUACAGAGUCACCUGUGUGAGAGCCCGGCUGAAGUGACGUUAGUGAGCGAACUGUUUCCUCAGUACGACUGCUACACGGACGUCUACGACAAGUGUGGCGUCUUCACCAACAAGACCGUGAUGGCCCACUGUGUCUACCUGACGGAGUUUGACUUGGACCUGAUGAGGGAGAGAGGUGUGGGCGUGUCACACUGCCCCAACUCCAACCUAUCAAUCUGUAGCGGAAUGAUGGACGCUAGGACAUGGCUCGACAGAGGCCUGAAAGUCGGUUUGGGAACCGAUGUGUCAGGAGGGUACCACCCGUCCAUGCUGGACGCCAUCCGCCUGGCCAUCCACACGUCAAACGCCAUCAGUAUCCAGCGGCCCGCCGACUACAGACCCAUCUCCUACCAGGAGGCGUUCCGCAUGGCGACGCUAGGGGGCGCAGAAGCCUUGGCCCUGGACGAUACCAUCGGGAACUUUGAAGAGGGGAAGGACUUCGAUGCUCUCCUGAUUGACAUGGAUAGUUCUUCCAGUCGUGUGGACACCUUCGACUUCGACUCUAUCGAGGACCUUGUUCAGAAGUUCCUUUUCAUAGGUGAUGACAGAAACAUCCAGGAGGUGUAUGUCUGUGGGCAGAAAGUCAUGGAGCAUGGGAAGUAGGGUCAAAGUCGUGACGUCACACGGCACAGAUUUCGAUGACGUAGCACACAUAAAAAUGUGUCGUCACUAGCUACGGACUACACAAUUUUAUGAAAUCUACGUCAUCAAAAUCUGUGCCAGAUUUGUUUUCAUGUUCUUUUGAACUUUUAAAUGCACAUUGCCUGAAGUUGGCAAGUUAGUAGCACGAAAAGUUGACGUGUGAAACACUUAUUAAAUCAACUUUGUUGAAUUUCUGAAGUGAUAAUAGUGUUAACGGGACUCGGUACUUGAUUUGGAAAACAUCUAGAUAUUUCCUCUUCUGGAAAAAAGACUUACGACGAAAAGUAUAGAUUUAGCUUGGUUGCAAUGAGGAACAAUGCGGGUAGCAAGUUUGACUGUAUUAUCAUGAAAAUUCCUCUGUGUUGGUAGUAAUCAUAGUAAAACGUUGAACUUUAUUCCAACACACAAUUGUACAAGGAUCAAGUUUCCGCGACCACUGCCACCUUCAUCAGGAUAAUUAAUGACCAAUCACUUCACUACGUGAUUUUGCGAGAGUUACGGUUACAAACACGUGACCUUAUUCACCUGAUGAAGGCGACAGUGGCCUGUGCAAUUGUGUGUUGGAAUAAAGUUUAACGUUUUAUUAAGUUUGACUGUACUUGUAUCUCAGGUGCACAGGAGCCCCGAUUAUGCUUUCAGAGCCGUUUGUUUGUCUGUUUGUUUGUUUCUUGGUUUAUGGGAUAUAUGUAUAAUGUAUAAUGAUAUAAUGUGUAUAGCCGUAUAUAAUCAUGGUGUACAAAAAAACGUGGUAUCUUAAGGUGAUAGCUCAAUUUAUUCUUUGAUAAUCAAAUUGAUUCCUUGACAACCAUUAUUAUAGAUCAUAUGUACAUUACAAUUGAAUGCAAGUAUAAAGAUAUGAUAAAAUCAUAUUAUGAUAAAACCAUAGAUAUAUAGAUUAGAUAUAUUUAGUG